AUGGCCUCCAAUCCACCACCAUCAUCCUCCGUCUUCGACAUCCACGAACACACCAUCCAAGCAUCGCACAUCCGCGAAUACCCUCGUGCAACAGCAACCUCCCAAGAUGAAGCCCUCUUGUUGCACGUCAAGCAAUACACCCCCAAGCACGGUGGCCCUGCGCGCAAAGGCGACAUCACCAUCAUUGGCGCUCAUGCGAAUGGCUUUCCAAAGGAAUUAUAUGAACCUCUCUAUGAAGAACUCCUCAGAGAGCUAGAAAAGCAAGGCCUCCGCCUCCGCGCCAUCUGGAUCGCCGACGCAGCGCACCAAGGCCAGAGCGGCAUCCUCAACGCCGCCAACCUAGGCAAUGACCCCUCCUGGCUCGACUACGCCCGCGACAUCGCCCACCUCAUCAACACCAUCCGCCCCCCUCGCCCCCUCAUCGCCAUGGGCCACUCCUUUGGCGCAAACGCCCUCACAAACGUCGCCCUCAUGCACCCGCGCCUCUUCACCGGCUUCAUCAUGCUCGACCCUGUCAUCGCCCGCUUCGCCGGUGCGCCGCCGCCUUCUUCCACUCCCUCCGCCUCUGUCUCUGCUGCUCCCGAGACGUUUCCCAGUCCAGCUUCGCUCAGCAUCACGCGUCGAGAGACUUGGCCCUCUCGCGCUGCUGCUCGCAAGGCAUUCCUCUCCAGGCCAUUCUAUCGGGACUGGGACCCCCGAGUCUUGGACCUCUUUGUCCAGUAUGGCCUCCGCGAUGAUGUUGCUUCGCCAUCAUCAAAAGAUCCAUCACCCGUCCGUCUCACCACUACCAAACACCAAGAAGUCUUCACCUUCGUCCGCCCCCUCUGGCCCGCCGUCGACCCCACAACCAACACAAUCACCAACCCCUCCCUCAUCCCCGACCACGACUUCGAUCUCCAAACCCUCAUCCAAACCCCCGUCUACCGCCCCGAACAAAACGCCACCUUCCUCCGCCUCCCCCAUCUCCGCCCCCCCAUCCUCUACAUCUUCGGCGGCACGAGCACCGUCUCCCCUCCCCGCAUCGUCAAAGAGAAACUCGACACAACGGGCGUCGGCGUCGGCGGCAGCGGUGGUGUGAGAGCAGGUCGCGUCAAGCACGUCAUUCACCCGGAGAGCGGCCAUCUCGUGCCCAUGGAGAAGCCGCUGUUCUGCGCAAAGGCUGCCGCUGAAUGGACAAAGACGGAGAUUGAGAGAUGGUGGGAGGAGGAAAAGGCGUAUGAAGAGUGGACGAACAAGUCGCUGGAGGAGAAGUCGACGAUAGAUGACGAGCUGAGGAGGCGCAUUGAAGCAGCCAGCAACAAGCAGCACGGCAAGCAGCUCUGA